AUGCAGAGGGCACGGAAUGGAGGUCGCAUGCCUCCUCUACCGCCUGGAUCAGAGCAACUAGAGGGCGUGAGACUCCUCCAUUGGCUAGUCAGCACCCGUCUUAUAACAAAAGACGCAAUAGAGUUGGCGACUCCUACCUCGCUGACGACGGCAGAAGGUGAGGUGGACCAACGCGAGACCAUUGAGGCUGCUGCAGUGUUGCCACUCGUUACUGCCCUUCUCUCAGUUAGUUUAAAUCCCUUCGUGGCCACUCGGCUCCUCUCUCUCCUCGAGGCUGCCACUGCUAUUGCUUGCAACGGUACUGAGGGCGGUGGAUGGUGGAGCGGGUCGGGAGCUCUUCCACGCCUUUUCGACGCAGUAGAGGCUCACCUCCGUGUGCGAUUGGCGGAUCGAGACCUCACUAACAGUCCCGUCUAUCAGCCCACCACUUCGGUUGACUGGCCCCUGUUGCAGGCAUUAUUUCAAGUCAAUCUUCUGCCUUUUAUGCUGACUGCGAAUCUGCAGCUUCUUAUUGAAGUAAGAAUGCUCUCUUUACUUCCAGUAUUAUCGUAA